AUGCUUCGCAUACAGAUCGUUGGCUGGUUGCUGUUACCUCCAGAGAAACGACCCGGACUGAUCACCGCCUAUCUGGAUCAACCUGAUGGCGCCGGACAUUAUCAAAGGGAUGAUAAGGACGUAAGUAGCUAAAA